AUGAGAAUCUUCCGCGCGUACAACGACCUCCUCUUACGGAGACCCUUCAUCACCAACAUGUGUUCCACCGGACUUUUCUUCGGCAUUGGCGAUCUGAUGGCCCAGCACUUUUUUCCAGUCAAGACAGUGGACGAGGACGGGGUGGAGGAACCGUUGCCGUUCAACCUGGCCAGGACACAGCGAGCAGUGAUCUACGGGUUCUGCGUGUUUGGGCCUGUGUCGGUGGUGAUGCAGCGCAAGAUCUUGCCCCGGAUAUUCAAUCCUUUCCUCAGCAAAGCCCGGAGACUGGCGAUGGAACAGGCACCAAAGCUCAAGAAACGGCUCUUGUUCUACGACGUGCUCUUCCGGGUGUUUAUCGAGCAGUGCGCUGCUGGUCUUUUGUACAUCCCCAUGUACAACACGGUGAUGACCGUGCUAGCAGGCCACGAGAACCCAUUGCAGUUGACGGCUGAAAGAUUGAGGCAGAACUGGUGGACGGUAUACAAGGCGUCAUGGUUGAUGUGGCCUGGAUUCCAGAUGUUCAACCUCUACUUCUUGCCUGCCCAUUACCGGAUCGUGGCUGUGAACGUGUGGUCCAUCAACUGGACUGGAUUCUUGAGUUUCAUCCACAACACCUCAGGCCAUGGUAAGGGCAGUGGCCAUCGUCUUGAGGAAAUCUUGGACAUCCAGGACGACGACCAGGAGCUCACCAUGGUGUAUGAAGCGUAG